CUGGCCAGGUAGACAGGAAAAGCCCCGCGAACAUUUGAAUUUCAUUUCCUGUUUGCCCAGCGUGGAGAGCACAGGUAACCACAGAUAGCUCAUCAGCACAGGUAACCAUGCAGGCUGAUAAUCGAAAAAGAGCACCAGCAUGGACCGUGAGGGAGGUACUGGAUCUGAUCGCUGUAUGGGGAGAGGAUUCAGUGCUUGCAGAACUUCGUUCUAAAAGACGAAAUGCAAAAACUUUUGAAAAAAUCUCCAAGGGCAUGAUGGAGAGAGGCCACAAUAGGGACUCUGAGCAGUGCCGCGUGAAAGUCAAGGAGCUCAGACAAGCGUAUCAAAAAACAAAGGAGGCAAACGGUCGCUCCGGGUCAGAGCCGCGGACAUGCCGCUUCUACGCCGAGCUGCAUGCAAUUCUAGGGGGGGCUGCCACCACUAUCCCACCUGUGAUCGUGGAUUCUGGGUCGGGGAUAGUCUCAUCAGCGACGCCUGAGGAUUCUGCCGAUGGGGGAGAGGAGGAGGAUGAGGAUGAGCUUGCAGAGAGCACACAGCACUCCAUUCUCCCCAACAGCCAGGAUCUUUUUCUCACCCUGACUGAAGUACCCUCCCAAGCCUCCCAAGCCAGUACCCAAGACUCUGACCCCAUGGAAGGGACCUCAGCAGCUGCAAAUUCCUCAAGCAUCCCUCCUCCAUCCCGAAGGUUAUCACAGAUAAGGCGUCGUAAGAAGAGAACGCGAGACGAGAUGUUUUCUGAAAUUAUGGAAUCCAGCCGCAGUGACAGAGCUAAUCUGAAUGAGUGGAAGGAAACAGUUUCAAAGUAUAGGAAAGAAGCCAGUGAAUGUGAGGACAGGAGGGACCAACGUGAGGACAGGAGGGACCAACGUGAGGACAGGAGGGACGCUCGAGAUGAGAGGUGGCGGCAGGAAGACCAGAGGAGCAAGGAUGCAACGCUGGGGCUGCUGCGUGAUCAAACAGACAUGCUCCGGCGUCUGGUGGAGCUUCAGGAACGGCUGCUGGAAAACAGACUGCCGCUUCAGCCCCUGUUCCACCCUCCCCCCUCCCCAUGUUCCGUAUCCUCCUCACCCAGACGUGUAAGAACACGGGGGGGGGGGAGGCUCCGUACACCUUCCCAUUCCACCCCAGUAGACAGCCCAAGCAAAAGGCUGUCAUUUUUUUAACCUUUUCUUUGUGGCUUUUUCCUUCCCAGCAAUCCUCCUCCCAAAUACCACCCGGGUUCCCUCCCUCUUUUUCUAAUCUAUUAAUAAAGAAUAAAUGAUUUUUAAAUGAUAGUGACUUUAUUUGGUUUGAAAGAAAGCUGGGGGAAGGGGGAGGGUGGGUUCCUUACAGAAAAUGAGUCAAUAAAGGGGGCGGGUUUUCAUGAAGGAGAAACAAACAGAUAUUUCACACUGUAGCCUGGCCAGUCAUGAAACUGGUUUUUAAAGCUUCUCUGAUGCACAGCGCU